CUCGGGUGGCGGCGUUCCCGGACCCCGGGGAGCUCCGGCCAUUUCUGGUCAGAACCAGGAGGGAUUUCGCUUCCCCCGGCCGGCGGGAGGCGGGACCGACCCCCCCGCCCCUCACCCCCGGGAGCGCGGGAGCCGCCGUUUCGGUUUCGGUUUCACGGCCGGGCCGGGACAGGCCGAGCCCUCCCGCUCCUCGCCAAGUUGGGGACACCGCGGCGCAGCGACCGCCAUGGCUACAGGACGAGCCGCUAAACCAGCGCGGACCGUUGUCGUCGCUGGCGUUCCAGAUGGGCUCCUGCACGACGAGGUCAUGGCCGACAUCCUCGUGAUUCAUUUCCAGAUGUCCAAGAAUAACGGGGGAGAUGUGGAAGAAGUAACGUAUCCGACAACGAACAAAGGAGUUGCGUAUGUGACUUUUGAAGAUCAAGAAGUUGUAGAGAGUGUUCUGAAGAAGGAUGAACAUCGACUAGAAGACAAGAGGCUGUCCAGAUACUACCCGCUGAAAGUAACUCGUUACUGUGAAAAUGUCUUCAGCUCGGUCACAUGUGUCCUCAAUAUGUCUGUUUUCAAAGAUCAAUUUGUUGUAGAAGAUCUGAUAGAAGAACUUAAAAAGAAGAGCACAGCUUUGAGCUUUGGUCCUUUGCAGGCCAAUGGGCACAUUUCUGUUCAAGGCUCAUUUCCAGCAAUCACAUUGCUGAGAGACUUUCUGUUACCGAAAGCAAAAUCCCUUUCAGAGAAGGACAAAAGAGAAGAAAGUAAAUCCCAUCAGAGAGCAAAGAGGAGGCCACAGCAACACACGGAGACGAGUAAUUUUGUUCGUGAUGCAGAUGGGGAGAAACAAGUGGUGGUUCUUGACACAGGCAUAUAUCACUACAUGAAGUACUUUUUUCCCAGGACAUUCCAAGCAAAUGAUGACGUCAUAAUUUCUGACAUCACUGAUGGUGACAUAACUACAGUGUACCUUGAGAAUGCUGGAAGCAGGUCUGAUGUUGGACAGCUAUUAAGAGUCAAAGAGAGAAUUGUAAAUCAGUCUAUAAAGCUCCAUAAAGCUUUACGUAAAGAGAGGGUCUACUGUAAGGAGCACAGCAGAGAUGAAAAGCGGAGAUAUACACAGGUGUGUGACAGUCUAAAACCCCGUUUCCCUUAUGUUUUGACCAUUCUUUAUGGUCAUUGCAUCGAUGUGAUAGGAAAUCCUCCUGAGAUUUUUGAAUUCAUGAAGGAAGUGAACAAUAAGAUUCAGAACCCGUUUCCAACCAGGUAGAACAUUUGCGUUCAUGUUGUUUACACAUUGUGCUUCUCAGAGACUGUCCUGGUGCAACCUCUGCACCUCUGUCACUACAGACGUGUCACCUUCCUCCUUCACCACCGUGAGGGUGAAUAAGCCUCAUGAGCCUGAGUUUUGUUUCUUUGUGCAAGGAGAUGACCACUGAAAAACAGGAGCCUUUAUCUACAGAAGGAAGUUCUCAUUGUGGGGAUGCACACUGGAGGGGAUGGAAUGCUUAUUCAAUUUACCGGCUUGUUGUGUCCCAAGAAGGACCUUAGAAGGUAGCACUGGAAGUUCUUGACAGUAGAAAAUAAGCAAAUUUGUUUUCAUAGGAGCAAUAAUGUUUGUUUUGGUUUGUUUUUUUGCCAGCUCUGAUGCAUCCGCAGCAUCCCUUGGCAGCAUGCUAUUUCCACAUGAAAGUAUUUCUUUUUUUCUCCACAAAACCAAUCAGUUGCUGUAAUUAAGAGCAGAAACACCCUUAUGCUUUAUUAAUACUUUCCACUUUUGUUUUUCAGACCAGUGCUAGAGGUUGGGACAGUGGAGUUUCUGCCACCUUUGUAAGAUACAGACAAUCUAAGGAAGACUUAGUCAACAUUAGUGGCUCUCUAAGUGGAACACUGCGUUUCCCUUUGGUUAGGAACCGUAUAAAUAACUAGAGAUAGUCAGGUUUUGAUAGGUCUCGAUAUGUGCGUGGCUAAAAAAAUAUGUGUAUUGUUUUAACUUUAAAGAGCUAUCAGAACAAUACCGGUUUAUGUCUCUCUUGCCCUUCGAUUUUUAUUCCUGGGGCUAAAUGCCUGUGGUUAAAACUGAAGGCUGGUUACAGAAUUCCAUCUUCGUAAAAUCAGGGCCAAAUCUAGUCCACAGAAACGCAGCAACUUCGGUGUGGUUUUGUUUUUCCAAAGGUAAACUUCUCCUAUAUCCAUUACAGGGUUCCAAAUGCCCAUCUUAAUUUAGGCUUUUUAUAAAACCAAUUUAGAAAAUAACUUUUAUUUUGUGAUAUCAGUGUGUUCAGAAUAAUUUGUCAAAAUUCACAGAGCACCAACUCUUUUGUGUUAUGUACCGGAAAAGUUGUAAGUUCUUAUGCCAAUAAAGAAAUCGGUUAUACGAAA